AAGCAGUUCGGAGUGUUCAGGCAGACAGUAUAACCACAAAUAGUAUAAGUGUGCGCCCAGUUUGUUAAAACCCCGCGAGGUACACGUGAAUACACCGGAAACACCCACCCACAACCCGACACCGUCCAAUAGAUUAGAAACACAGUACACAGCAGAGGUAAGGCCUGCGAAGCGUUUGACCAGAAAUUGCGCUUAAAAAACAAGUUGCUGAAGAAAAAGAAAAAGAGUAAGUCUAUUGAAUAUACGGCUCGCACACAGAUCAAUCCAGUGACGAAAAUGGACAGCCAGGAAAGCCGCGCAACCUCUUCGUCCGCCGCUAAGAGACGCCACAGCUCCAAGCCAAAGCCGGUGCACGUCUUCGGCGACCAAGUCUUGAAGGACUUGGGCAGUCUCUGCAUGAACGAGCUCUACUCGGAUGUGUCGUUCUUUGUGGAGGAGCAUUGCCUGCCGGCGCACCGUCUGAUACUAGCAACGCGCAGCGAGUACUUCCGCGCCCUGCUCUUCGGUGGCAUGUUCGAGUCAACGGAACAAAAGGUGCGACUGGAGGCGCCGCUGGAUGCAUUCAAGGUAAUCCUCGGCUAUCUUUACUCGGGCACUCUUGCUGUAUCCGCACUGGACGUGGAUGCAACCUCCAAAGUGCUUGGUUUGGCAAGUUUGUAUAUCUUGCCAGAAGUCGAAUUGGCCCUAGCCAAACAUCUGCAGAAUAAUCUGUCCAUCAGCAACACGUGCAUGAUCCUGGAUACAGCUCGUAAAUUCAAUCUUGCAGAGCUGACCAUGAAAUGCCUCAAGUUCAUGGACAAAAAUGCACCCCAAGUUCUGAAACACCAGUCCUUCCAAAUGUUGUCCAAGGAAUCACUGGAAGAAGUCCUGCGACGGGACACAUUGAUUGAACACGAAAUCAAUGUCUUUCAAUCCGUACUCAAAUGGAGUCGCCACAAUCAGGGCGUGGACAUUAAAUCGGUGCUCUCGCUUGUACGUCUCUCUCUCAUUAGUGUCGAAGACCUGGUGCGUGUGGUGCGUCCCUCUGGGAUCGUCGAGUCCUUAAAAAUACUCGACGCCAUCGAGAAACCGAUAAUCACGUCGAAAUUGCCCUAUCGUGCCCACGUGUCUCCAGGAGUGGAUGUGGCCUUCCAUUUAGGGAGCGGUUUUGGUGUCAACCAAAAUGAGAUCGUUAUUAAGCUGAGCUUCUGGUGCAUAAUCAAUAACAUCUCUAUCGUAGGUAUUCAAAAUACACUAUAUAAACUAUAUACUAAAAACACGUCCAACUGCACCGUGGAGGUCUCUUGCGACAUGAUCCACUGGGAAGACGGGGGAAAUGUAGCAUUAUCCGCACCCACGCAGCAGGAUAUCCGCUUCGCCCGCAGGCCUGUUCGCUUCAUUCGGAUCGUCCAUCCAGAGAGUGGACGAAAGGAUAUUUUAAAUGAUGUGCUGCUCAAAGCCAUUCUAAAUAACACCAUUCCCUAGACGCAUAAUCAUAGAAAAUUGCCAUAUCUGCAAGAUUGCCGUAUCUGGAUCAAAUCUGAUUAUUUUUAUAGCCAGAAUGAACAAAUCAAUUCAGGCUCUUCCUCAUUUCCUGUCUGUCACACUCUUCCUGGUGCAGUGUGCGCCCCCUGGCGGAGGGGAGACGUACUGACCGAGUAUCGGGAAAUAAAUGUAGAGUCGCGGCUGUAGCAGCGACUCAACGUUCCUGCUCGUUUUUUUUUUUACAAUUUCAUCUUUUCGGCGGCAACGGCUAUAUAAACACCCAUGAAAAUUCAGAAACUUGAGGAAUAUGUUUAUCUUCUUUCAGAGACAAGAAUAUAUUUCGGGAUCAAAAUAUAUAUAGA